GCGGGAGGCGGGGCGGCUGCAGGACAUAAAGCCGGCGGGACGCCGGGGGUUCUCACGCAGCCCAUCCGGCAUCAGUCGACGUCGAGCGGGACGUACGCGCGCCUCGGCCCCAGACAACCAUGCACCUGUGCGCGUACGCGUCGUGCCGCUCCGCGGUCUUACUCUGCAUCCUCGUGAGGAGCUGCCAGGCCUUCGGCAACGACGCCACGGAGGUUGUGCUCUCGCACGGGAGCGCGCCGGCGCCGGAGGUUCAGGGCAACGUGUCCCUGAACCGCGCACGGGCCGGCGGGAGAGGCGUGGGGCGCGCGGAGCACGACAGAGGCGAACCAAACCAAAUUGGGUGCAGAGAGCUGAGAUCCACCAAGUACAUCUCCGAUGGCCACUGCACCAGCAUUAACCCCAUCAAGGAGCUAGUGUGUGCCGGUGAGUGCCUCCCAGCCAACAUGCUUCAGAACUGGAUCGGCGGCGCCUACGGCAGGAAGUUCUGGAGUCGCCGGAGCAGCAGCCAGGACUGGCGCUGCGUCAACGACAAGACCCGCACGCAGCGCAUCCAGCUGCAGUGCCAGGACGGCAGCACCAGAACCUACAAGAUCACCGUGGUCACGUCCUGCAAGUGCAAGCGCUCCUCCAGGCAGCACAACGAGUCGGGAAACAAGCUGGAGGAGCUGAGGCUGUCCGCGCCGCAGCUCCUGCACAUGCACAAGUCCAAGAGCAAGAGGAGGCUGGGCACGAACCGGCUGAGGGAGAACCGGCACCAAACGGAGCCCUGAGGGCGGCGGACACAGACUGAAGCCACGUGAACGCGGGAGCGCUGUCUCGCCGCCUCUGGAGCCUGCAGCCGUGGAUUAUCUCCAACGUGGCCGGGACCCUAUUUAUGUGAAGCUUGGUCCUCAUAUGAUGGAGAACUCCAGAGGGCCCACUCAGGACCUUUCUCAGAUAGUGUGACCACAAGUGGGGUGUAUAUUCUGCAGAGGUUCCCAGAUUUAUCCAUGUGCAUGUCCUGGUUUCCACUUAUCCACAGAUGUGCAUCUGUCUGCAGCUCUUUAAGCCUCAGUAAACAACACCGUACUUCUCCAAACGUCUUGUGUAAAUACUUGUACAUAUAUCAAAUUCUUACUUGCAUUUUUAAGUAUUGCCAUAUGUAUAAAAUUUGACUGAUUUAUGAUGUAAUAUAUUUCCUGUGGAGGCAUAAUAUGCGUAAGUGGCGUAAGCUUGUGGGUGCAGUCUGGAGAGGCGUUCUCAUAAAUCAUGCUUGUAGCAGUUAUGUAUAAAAAUAAAUGUUACUUUUUUAUUCACAUGUUGUUAUCAGUGGAAACGUUUCCAGGUAAACUGUAGGAUGUCUCUGCUUCAGGAAGACUGAAAAAUAAUAAUACAACAACAAACAACAACAAACAAAACUGAUUAAAAUGUUCCUCUGUGUAAAUUA